AUGGUUCUGUUUAUACCGUACACAUAGUCAUUAUCUCAUUGAAUCAAAUGGCUGAGCUGGUUAAACAUUUCCCUUUUGAUUUAUGCGGCAUUUUAUUGAAGAAGAGUACUUCUGGCUGUGCAGGGUUAAAAGUCUUGAUCAGAGCAGCAACUUUGGACAGUGGGAGUGGCAUUUAAAGGGCUGUAUGAGUGAUCUGUACGGUACGCAGGAUGGGCCAAUCAUCAUCCAGCAGCGGCUGCAGCUCUUCACACUGCUGUAACAGCGCAGCACUCGCAAGCUCCACACGAGUGCGCGUGCAAGGACUUUAUUGUUCUCCACAUACCGGUGACCGGUUAGACGAGAAUCCGAUGAAAACCAAGGAGCUGCAAUCUGUUCAGAAGUGCUGGCAGGACGAUUUUAAAGAGGGGACGACUUCUGUGGGUGUGAGAGCACAUGAGCCGAAAAAACUUAUUUUAAACGCGAGUUCUUCCGGUAAUCAACAUGCGACCGAAAACUUGAUAUUUCUGAGUCGGAGCACUGAGUUGGAAAGUUCUGUCCCGAAUUCCCAAAGCGGACAGAAAGGAGUACGUGAGGAGAACCAUGAGUGUUGCGUCUCGCCGUGGGACAUGGAAAGAGUGUCAAAAGGAGGUGCCGUGACUCCAGGCAGAGUUUCGGAGGAAAAUGUGACCCAGUGCCUGAACACACCAGACUUUUUAGUAGACUUCAGUUGCUCGUCUCCGUUAGCCAAACAUAAAAUCACCAAAAGUACAUUGCAACCCUCGGUGUCAGCUCGGCUGGGUGGAGAAGUGGAGCAACAAGCCUCAAACCCGUUCCCAAGGAUUAUUCCCAAACUAAUAGUCACCCAUGAUGAUUUAGAUCCUGGUCAGGACAGUCCGCACAUCAGUGAUUUGACUUUGAGCAUGGGCGGCUUUUCGCUGGAUCUGCAUCCCGACGAGGACUCGCCCUGCUCGGACAGCGGCUGUGGAGGCUCCCCUGCGCCCUCUCUGUUCCACAGAAAACUGUCCAGCUCCUCUUCGGCUGGACUAUCCUCUGCCUCGUCGUUUGAGGAAUCUGAGGAUGAUUUCACAGGCAGUGACAUUGAGCCCAGCAGCCUGUCCCCCAGUAUGUUCGGCAGUCCUGAUGAACUGACAGGGGCUAAAUCGUGGAGGAAGUUAAAGACCAUGGUGCAUUGCUCUCCAUUUGUGGUUUCAUUUAAGAAACGAUAUCCUUGGGUUCAGCUUGCAGGUCAUGCAGGUAAUUUUCAGGCAGGCGAGUAUGGGAAACUCUUGAAGAAGUAUUGUGAAUGUGAGCAGCAAUGUCUCGAGAAGCUGAUGAAUGACAACCUUCGGCCAUUUGUACCUGGUUACUAUGGUAUUGUGCAGCAGAACGACCAGGAUUACAACCUUAUGGAUGAUCUGCUAACCGACUUUGACUCGCCUUCAAUCAUGGAUUGCAAGAUGGGAAGCAGGACAUACCUGGAAGAGGAGCUGGUAAAGGCCCGUGAGCGUCCUCGUCUUAGGAAGGACAUGUAUGAGAAAAUGGUUGCUGUGGAUCCAGGAGCACCCAGUCCGGAGGAAAGAGCCCAGCAGGCCGUUCUCAAACCUCGAUACAUGCAGUGGAGGGAGACACUGAGCUCAACCGCCACUCUUGGCUUCCGCAUAGAAGGCAUCAAGAAAGCAGAUGGCACAUGCAACACCAGCUUUAAAAAAACCAAACAUAAGGAGCAGGUGAUGAAGGCCUUGAGUGACUUUGUGGAUGGAAACACACAGUUACUGAGGAGUUAUCUGCAAAGGCUGGAGGAGCUGCGCAGCGCUCUAGAGGCGUCAGAGUUCUUCAGGACACAUGAGGUGGUGGGAAGUUCCUUACUGUUCGUUCACGACGCUUCAGGCCUGGCCAGAGUAUGGAUGAUUGACUUCGGUAAAACCGUCCCACUCCCGCCACCCCAAACCCUGGACCAUCGCACACCCUGGGCAGAGGGAAACCGGGAAGACGGGUACCUGUGGGGUCUGGACAACCUCAUUCAGAUCUUCAGAGACAUGCUGCACGACACGAACCCUCCCUCACCAUGAUGGAUGUACAGAACAUGACUGAACCUGAAGCAUCGCGUGCAGGGACACGUUGAUCCAGGGAGGCACACAACGGGAUAUUAGUCCUGAAAUGAGUGUGCUCUAGUGCUGUCGGAGAGAUAAAGAGCGGACAAAACACGAGUGGAAAAACUUGAGCUCAUUUAGUCAAGCUCUUUUAAUUUGCACAUGUGGUCUUGCAGAAGCUCCACCGGUGUCAAAACACACUGAUAUUGAAACCAAAAAGACUUGAGGAGCAAAUGAGAAGAAACAAUCAUUUUAAGGCCACAACAGCUGAUUAUUCUUUUAAGAAUAUAUGCUAAAUUCACGUUUUUUUUGUUUUUUUUCCACCUACAAAUGAUAACACUAUCAAACUGGAAUGCGCUUUUCCAUGUAAAUUUUUCUUCGGGUUGCCAUGGUUAUGUAAAUAGUGCUUAUUUAAUUUUUUUUUUUUUUUUUUUAAUAUCAUAAUUUAGAUUUUUUGUUGUAUUUCUAUCUAACCCAUACCUCAUUUGUUUCUAAAAGGGGGUCUGUCAAACUACAUGCAGACUGACACUUUUUUUUUAUUUCCUGUGGUCGUCUAAUCUUGAUGAUACAUGUGGUGUAUAUUUCCAUGACUCAUAUGUCCUGUUGAGUUUUUGCAGACGGUAUCGCCUUUGAAACAGUUCAGUCUAAUACAGCAUAAGUUUAAAUACUACCAGUCAGAAAUAAGGUUGUUUUGCACCUAACUAACCACCCAAGACAAUAAGGACAAUAGUUAAACCCCACCAAGACUGUAUUGUAUUGAUGAGAAAUGGAUGCAGUGUUUCUUUUAAACUAGCCACGGUUACAAAGACACAUACCAAGCUAAAUCAACCGUUUGUUCACAAUUGGUUUUUAAGGUCAUCGGUGACUGACCUGUUUGGAGAGUUAGUCAUAUGUUUUGGUUUUAUGCAAGUUUGAGAGGUUAACCAUCUUUAUCUAGAUCAACAACUACUAAUUGGAUUUAUAAUUUUUUUUUUUAUUUAUUUAAAUAAAUGGUUUUGAGCUUUUGGGUUGGUACGCACAGCUGAAUGACCCUCCGACCUCAGCUCUUUUCUCACCAUAGCACGCACUGUGGAGUUUAUCCUCAUAGUGAUCAUAUCAGCAUAUUGUUUGCAUGAAGAACAAAUCUGACGGUUGAUCUCUCAAACUGGUGGAAAUUUUCUUUUGGUGUUCACGAGGAGAUUGUAAGUGUUAGGGCCGCUGAUAUCAUCGCGUUAGUUCUCAAAUUAGAUUAAAUAAAAGAAAAAUAAGACCGAAACUAAAACUUCAUGUUUGCUUCAGAUAUUCUUGCACAAUAUCACAACGAUGAUAUUAAAGCGAUUACCUCACCUGGACACGUUUUUUUGAUGUUAGUUUAUGGAACUUGAUGUUCUACCACUCUGUUUUUUUUUUUUUUUACAGCUUCAGAGAUUGUAUUUUCCGUCUUGAACGGACCUGCACACUGUCUGUUGGUGUGUCUGUCAGCGUUCCAACAACAUUCCAGCUGUCAGUAUUUCCCCAUCUGACUGGAAACAGCGAACAUAAUGUCUCACACAUUCUUUUGGAGAUCCACUGCAUUGUUUACAGAUUAUACAAAGUAUUGUAUGUCAUUCAAAUAGUUGAAAUUGUCGUACUGCACGUUUUAGACUGGAAAGAGAACUGGAUGGUGAUGCCUUUUUGUUUUGUGUCUCAUUUAGUAGUUUGAGACAACAGUUUGCAAUAGAGACAUGGUGAGGAUCUGUACUCGCAUCACCUUGAAUCCUUGUCUUGAAACCCAAUAAUAUUAUACAAUAAACUGGAACUAUCAUUGUUUAACAUA